AUGGACGUUGUAUCAAUUGGACGAUUUAUGCUUUACAGCCUCAGCCUGUUCUUCAUUUACAAAAUUCUUGCCCAGUUCAAACACAUCAAACGGCCGCCGCUCCCACCGGGACCCAAGGGCAAGUUCCUGGUUGGUAAUCUAGGCGAUCUACCUCCGCCCGGGCAGCAAGAGUGGCAGCAUUGGUUGCGGCACAAAGAUGCAUACGGUGGCAUUAGUUCCGUCACAAUCAUGGGACAGACUUUGGUCAUUGUCAAUGACGUUCGCUUGGCGUUCGAUUUGCUGGAAAAGCGCUCAGUCAAACAUUCAUCUCGGCCAAAGCAAGUCUUUGCUGGUGAAAUAUUGGGCUGGGAAAAUUCACUUGGGCUUUCACCGUACAACAAUCGAUUCCGAGCUAUUCGAAAGAACAUGUCCAAAGUGCUAGGUUCGUUGACUGCGUCCGCACGCUUCAACCCUCUUCAAGAAAGAGAGGCCGGUCAUUUCCUGCUUCACAUCUUGGAUGAUCCGACUAACCUCACCGAGCAUAUCCGAAAGGAGGCCGGCUCCGUUAUCCUUAAGAUUGCCUAUGGAUACACGACAGAACCACAUGGCAGGGACCCGUUGGUAGAGUUGGCUGGUCAAGCCAUGGAUCAAUUUGCGCGGGCUGCCGUUCCUGUAAAACACUUGCCGGAUUGGUUCCCUGGAGCUAGAUUCAAAGAAAUUGGUCGCUUGUGGGGAUCCACGCUGUCCGAACUCACCGAAAGACCGUAUGCUUUUGUUAAGCAGCAGAUGGCGGACGGUGUCAAUGAACCAUCUUUUCUGUCGGAUUUGCUCCAGCAACCAAUUGCAAAUGCCGAUGAUUUGUUCACUGUGAAAUGUUCAGCCAUGUCCUUGUUCACAGCAGGUGCAGAUACUACCGUUUCGUCGUUGUCAUGUUUCUUCUUGGCCAUGAUUCUAUUUCCAGAGGUCCAACAGAAAGCGCAAGAAGAGAUUGACCGUGUUGUUGGUACUGGUCGUCUCCCCGAAAUUGCAGACCGGCCGAAUCUUCCGUAUUUGGAUGCAAUGGUGAAAGAGGUGCUUCGUUGGCAUCCUGUAGCACCAAUGUGUUUGCCGCAUAUGACCACCGAAGACGAUAUUUGUGAAGGUUACUUUAUCCCAAAAGGAUCAUACAUCAUGCCUAACGUUUGGUUCUUUACGCAUGAUCCAGCUGUCUAUCACAACCCGAUGCAAUUCAAACCUGAACGUUUCCUAGCCACCGAGAGACAUAUCCCGGAACCUGACCCGCAUACACUAGUCUUCGGCUUCGGACGCCGGGAUCUAUAUUUUGCGGAGGUUUUCUACAUGAUUUCGGAGAUGUUCACUCAGCUUUCUAUUCUCUUCUUCUAUCUCCGUGUUUUCGACUCAACCGUAUUCCGCCAGUGUGCCAUUGGUAUAUCGAUUUUUGUGGUCUGCUUCGGAGCCGCAAAUACAUUUUCUAUGAUAUUCCAAUGCACGCCGAUAUCCUUCUUCUGGGAUGGUUGGACUGGUGAAUAUGCCGGAAAGUGUAUCAACAUCAAUACCUUCUCGUGGAUCCGUGCCGCGUUUGAAAUCAUCAUUGACUUGGCCAUCAUUUCUCUGCCAAUUCCUCUCCUUUUAGGCCUGAAGUUGAACUGGCACAAGAAAUUGCAGAUUUUGUCCAUGUUCUCUAUUGGAUUUCUAAUUACAUUGGUCAGCAUCUUACGACUUGAGUCCUUGGUACGAUUUUCUAAAUCUACUAAUAUUACCUACGAAAAUGCUCCCGCAGUCUACUGGUCAGUCCUCGAAUGUGAUAUUGCCAUUGUCUGCGCUUGCAUGCCAGCACUUCGUAUCAUCCUAGGAGCUAUCUUUCCAAAGUAUUUUGGCAGCAACUUCAAUUCAGUCACUGGAGAAUCGCGUCGAACUACACGCAACGAGCAACAAUCCGUGCCCAAAUCAGACCCAGAAGCCGACCCUAUUACAAAGACGAUAGCCUCAUGGACUGUUGGUCCCGAUGAUCGCAGCCGGACCCCGUCUCCGGUAGAAAUGAACAACAUCGAGCCUGAGGAGACCAAACAUUAA